AGGACAGGGUGUGACAUCAGGAUUUAGCAGAGUGGGCCACAUUGCCCAUAUGAACCUGAGAGAACAUCAGCUACCCUACAGAAAACUGAUCGGAGGAGCUCUCGAGAACUACCUGAUCUUGUACCUCCUUGCAUGCUUUUCGACCAGGCGGGAACCCUGGGCUCAUCCGUGCUCUGGGUUCUCUCCCAGGACAGCAUGCCAAACCUGCUAAUAUUAUCAAGCAAUAUCUAAGUGUGAACUCUUGAAAGGAAAAAAGGAAGUUGUGGCAUGUUGCCAAAUAUGGUGACCCCUACUCAGAAGUGUUAAAUGCAGAGCAAAAAUUCUGAGUGCACAUGCACACACACUGUGAAUACACACCAGAAGCAGUGGGCAGCUAGUUUGGUGCCUUGCUCAUAGGAGUCACCCCAGCAGUGGUAUUGUGGGUGGUGAGCAUGCUGUUUGAUCACUCCCACCACCAACAGUCCCUGCUGGUGCCACGACUAGAACCUGUAACCUUUGAAUCACAAGUCCAACUUUCAAAACUAUAUGCAUUUUGUUUAUUGUGGAGCAAAAAAACAUAUUUUGCUAAAUGAAAGCUCAGCAGGGCCAUUAUUAAUUGUUUUUAGCUCAAAUGCUGUACAAAUAUAUAUUUAGUCAAAUACAGAUUUGGAAUGGUGUUGGUUUACAAUUAUUUAUAUACUAUAUCUUUUAACAGUUAAUUAUUUUUUUUAAUUGAAUUUUGUUAUUUAAAAAUAAAAACAUGAAAUUUCUGGCCAAAGUAAAAAUUUGGUGAGGUUUUGUUUAUCCAUCAUCAACAGAAAUCAGCCCAAACUAAAAAACCUGAUCUACCAUAAAACAGUUAACAUAGAAAAAUUACUAUUGAUAACCCAACCCAAGCGUCCACACAGCUGACUCAUAAACUUUAACAGUUAAAUGCGUGUUACUGUAUGUGCAUUAAAUAGAUGAUGAACAGUCAAACUCUUAAGAAGCUCUAAAUAAAGCUUCAAUGUUAUUUUUCAACUUUUCAUUUUGGCCUAAACCAGGGGUCCAAACUCGGUCCUGGAGAGUUUAUCUCCAACUUGCUUCAACACACCUGCCAGGAAGUUUCUUUUAUAUCUAGUAAGAGCUUGAUUACCUGGUUCAGGUGUGUUUGAUUAGGGUUGGAGCUAAACUCUCCAGGACACCAGCCCUCCAGGACUGAGUUUGGACAUCUCUGGCCUAAAAUAUUUAGUGGUAAAUGUUCUAGUGCACAGGUGUCAAACUAGGUUCCUGGAGGGCCACAGCUCUGCACAGUUUAGUUCCAACCCUAAUUACACACACCUGAUCAAACCAAUUGAGUCCUUCAGGCUUGUUUGAAACCUACAGAUGAUGCUGCAGUCACAUUUGAGUUUGAGCUUGCGGAAAAGCGGCGGGAUUAGAAAUAAAAUAAAAAAAUUGAAAAAGUGAGCGAUUGGUCCAAGUUUUAAAUUUCUGUCCUGAGAAGUCAUGUUUUGAUCCUCGGUUUGUCUCACGCAAUCAUGUAAUGCGAUUUCGCAGGUUAGAGUCCACCAAGCUUGAACGUUCUAACGCAGCUAAAUCCGAAACUUGAAAAAAAAUCUGAUGCAUUUGCGUGCGUGUGAAUGGAAGUCUAAGGGGAGAAAAGUGCAGUGUGACCGCAGCUUUAAUGUGUUGAAUAGGCAUGGGCCAGUAUAUAAUUUUGAUGGUAUGAUAAAAUUGGAUAAAAAUAUCACAGUUUACAGUAUGGUGGUUACUGCUCUAAUAUUUUUUUUUUAAAUGUCUGGGUAAAAAAAAACUUUUUUCCCCUUUAAACACAAUAUAUUUUAUUUUGAGAAACAUUUAAGAUAUUUUGGAGCAAUAAACAUGUCAGGCUGAAUAUUUCAAAUGAAUCAUUGACUUCUGCGGUCUUCAUUAGUUUCAAAAACACAGAUUUCAUUACAAUUUAUUACAACAUCUUUGAUACUGUUGUCCUAACCUUGACUUUUCCAAACCAAAGUAUACCUUGAAAAGGGUUAUCGUCCCAUGUCUAGUGUUGAAACUAAACUAUGCAGGGCUGCGGUCCUCCAGGAACUCUAGGAGUUUGACACCCCUGUUUUAAUGUAUUUUAAUUCCAGUCCUUCAUCUUUCAGUUUGUUUUUGCUUGAUUCGAUUUUGUUCCAGGUCAAGUGAUCAUAGAUAAAAACCCUGGCAUCACCUGUGUGGUCAACAAAACCAACACCAUUGACUCCACAUACAGGAACUUCCAAAUGGAGGUUUUGGCUGGAGAGAGUAACAUGGUGGCAAAGGUACGUGAAAAUGGGGUAUUAUACGAGUUUGAUUUCUCUCGUGUGUACUGGAACCCUCGACUGAGCACCGAACACGAGCGUAUAGUUUCCCUCCUUCAUCGAGGUGAUACUGUAGUGGAUGUUUUCGCGGGAGUCGGUCCGUUUGCCAUCCCAGCAGCUCGUCGAGGCUGUGCGGUCCUCGCUAACGACUUAAACCCAGAGUCCUUUCGUUGGCUCCAGCACAAUGCAAAGCUCAACAAGGUUGACCAAAAAAUAACAACAUCUAACUUGGAUGGACGGGACUUUAUCCGGGGGCCGGUCAGGGAGCGACUGCCUGCUCUAAUGAAGGGAUCACAAAAGAUACAUGUGGUGAUGAACCUUCCUGCUUUGGCUCUUGAGUUCCUUGAUGCUUUCAAGGGUUUACUGGACCCAGAACCAGACCAGAGUCUCUCUAACCUGCCUCAGGUGCACUGUUAUGGGUUCUCCAAAGAGAAUGAUCCUCAGCGGGACGUAGUGGAGCGAGCAGAGGCCAGUUUAAAGACUAAUCUGCAAGGACAGUGCUCCGUGCAUCUGGUGAGGAACGUGGCACCUAAUAAGGAGAUGAUGUGUGUGAGUUUUACUCUGCCGAGGGGAGUCCUGUACAAAACACACACCCAAGACAGAGACACUUCAGAAGAGCCAUGUCCUAAAAAACAGAAGUGUGAAGAUUCAACGAACUGAAUAAAUUCAGUGUUUGGUUUACUUGCAUGUUAAUAUGGUAAACCUGGAGUGUUUAGUUUUUUUGUUCUUUUAAAUUUUUAAAAUAAAUUAUCAUUCCUGUUGCAUUUCUCUGAGAUGGUCAUGCAACUAACUCUGA